AUGCUGAUGCGACGGGGGGGGGGGGGGGGGGGGCGGAUAUGCAGUAAACUUCACAAGAUGCAAAGGGGGGGGGGGGGGGGUGGGUUAGCUCAAAAAAAAAUAUUUGGGGGAGGGAGGGGGGGGGGGAGGGGUUGUGUUUCUAAUGGGGGGGGGGGGGGGGGGGAGGGGGGGGGGGGGGGGGUCCUCUGGCUUUCUUCAUGGUAUGGGGCUCGGUCAAAACCAUUCUCUUUGGGGGCGUCUGAUACUCUGGCCGAUUAUGUUUUAUUACAACGUUUAAUCUGUGCUUUACUGUAUGCCUGUUCACUGCCGAAUGCUCCCCCAGGACCCCGGCGUUCUUACGUGACCUAG